GUCAGAACGCACUGGAUGCCUACUACGCACGGGCGUGGAUGUGUCUUCGCAACGAUUUCUCCUAGAGGGCAGUGGCUCUCCUCCACGACGACCGACGUGCCUUUAAACGCAUGCAGCGGGGGUACAUGGCUGGUUCGCCGACAGCUUCUCGCACAUCGUCACAGUGUGCGGAUGCUCCCGACUAGCAACAGGACUACCGAGAGCAGCUCAGCUCCAUCAAGUGCAUGCAGCAGAAGGGCACCACGACGUCCUUGCGGUGGCGCUGCAGGAUCUCUCGCCGCAAUCGUGGACAUGCCACACCGAGUGCCCAUAAUCAUGGGAAUGUUGGUCGUGGAGGUGGUUCGACCCACGGGGCCAUUUCUCAAUUGGCUAUCGGCGGCAUGGGUCGCGAGUUCCGUGCCUUUGCGGUCAAAAGCGCUGUGUUUGGAAGUGCGAUUUGGGUGGUGGCGGCGCUGUUUGUAAAGUGGACGCGCCGUGUCUUCUUCGACUCGAACGCCCCCCUCUUGUACACUCUCUUGCUGUUUGCUGCGUCGAUUCCCGUGAGUUUCGCCAUUGUGCAAACGGCGCGCGUAGCCUUGGGCAGCCUCACCAAGCCGAACGUGCUCUUCUCAAUUGUGAUUGCAACGACAGUCGCGGGCAUGUUGGAUGGCGCAGCAAUGGUGUUGUUUCCAGACGCGUUGUAUGGCGGAGCAGGCGACGGGUUGGCCACAGGCGCGGCGUGGAUUCUGUGGGGUGUGGGCUGGUGCCUCUUUUGGACGAUUGACGAAGAGUGCUUUGAAACCAACGCGCUCCGUGUAAAGUAGCGUACAAACAUUGAAAAAUGGUCAGCGAUGUGAUCUCCAUGAAGCCAACGUCGAUCGCUAGAGUUCGUCAUGCCAUCUCCAUCAUGGCAACUGCUGCUCUGGCAGCCUUGGUAGCAGCGACGUCCCCAACCUCCAUGAACCAUUUCACAGGGAGUGACGCGUUUGAGGAGGUUCCAGUAGAGCUGGUGUAGUCAAUUUGGACGGUCGUGUCACUGCGCUUUCGUCCCCCCCACACACACACCAACGUCC